AUAAUACUCUCUCUCUCUCUCUCUAUUGUUUUGAAGCUCCCCACCCCCACAGCAGCACAGUGGUGAAAUGAAGAACGAAGAGCAGGCACGGACCACAACAACGGCCUCGCCGGCGGCGGGGGCGGCUUGGAAGCGAGAGCUCUCCGACGGCUCCGGUGGAGGAUUCGUAUUGGGGAAGGUCCGCUACAAGUUCUGGGCCUUGUCGGCCAUACUGUUGCUUGCUUUCUGGUCCAUGUUCACCGGCAGUGUCACUCUCAAAUGGUCCGCCGGUAAACUUGGCCCUCUCUCCGACGAUGACUUCGAUUCCCCGAUCCACCGCGAUCUCGACAUCCUGGAAUUACAAGAGCGAGAGAAGUUAGUGAAGCACAUGUGGAACGUAUACACGCAUAGUACUACCAUCCGAUUGCCAAGCUUUUGGCUGGAGGCUUUCGAGGCUGCCUACGAAGACUUGACCAAUGAUGUCCCCGCCGUCCGUGACACCGCCAUUUCGGAGAUUGCCAAGAUGAGCUUCAGGUCCUUCCAUUUCGAACCGCCUCCCGUUCAAUCAACGAAUGCGAAAAAAAGAAGAAAUAUGGAUACCCAGAUUGAGAAAGACAAGAAGAUGGCCACUACACUUGGAACUAACUAGAUGAAAGCUGGAUGAGUGCGCGAAAUUUCUGCCUGGUAUUCAUCAAGGUUUUCUUAUUUCCUGCCUCAAAGCAGAAGGCUAGUGGCAGGGGCAUAUACUGUUUUUUCGGUGCCAUAACAUAAAAGAAAGUUACAUAGAAUCCACAUAUUAAGUUAUUGAGGUUAAAAAUAAGCUGUUUCGAAAGAGUUCUUCAGAUAAUCUGAAUAUGGAUUGGAUUUUUGGCACUCUUAUGUUUUGAGCUGCACAAGUGUAGUGUAUUCUAGUCAUCAUUAUAAUAUAACGAGACAUUAUGGUUCAUUCUGGCAGCAUGUUGCUAGAACGUUGUUUGUUUACAUUUCACACAAACUUCAUAGAUCUCCACUUUCCAAUU